AUGAGAGGUCGGGGCAGGGGCCCUUCUGGUGGACGGGGCUAUCCGUCAGAAGGGGAGGGUCGAGGUCAGGGAGGCCGCUUCGGCGCGAGAGGCCGUGGGGGCGGCGGAGGAGGUCGAGGAGGUGGCGGUCGCGGGCCGCCUGCAUACGAGCCGCACCCGCCAGCGCCGCAGCCUGGCUACUACGAGGCGCCUGCUGCGCCGUACGCUCCUCCAGCACCGUUUGCCGCUGGACCCCCGGCUCCUGCUGCUCCUCGGCCAGUGGCGGCGCCGUCCGUCCCACCGCCUGCACCCGCUCCUCUGCCGCCCACCGCAGCGCCGUCCACCGAGGCAGUCGUCGCGCAGCUCACUGGACUCGCGAUGUCUCGCCCCUCCGGCGUCACCUCUCCGUUCCCGCGACGCCCUGACCGAGGGGGCACUGUGGGGCAGAUCAUGAAGAUCCGUGUGAACCAUUUUCCGCUUCAGAUUGCGGACCUCGUCAUUUAUCACUACGAUGUUGUUAUCUCCCCUGAUAUUGCGAUCAAGCGGAUCAACCGGGAGGUCAUUCGCGAGUUGUCGCGCGUGUAUCAUUCGUCGCAUCUGGGAAAUCGUCUGCUGGCCUUCGACGGCGUCAAGAACGUGUACACGGCCGCGCCGCUACCGUUCGAGGCGCAGGAGUUUCAGGUGUCUCUGCCCGACGACCGUCCAGCCCCGGCGGCAGGGGAAGCUCAGUCGCGUCGGCCGCGCGACCGGUCGUUCAAGGUGGUGCUGCGGCUGGCGGCGAGUGCGAGCGUGUCGCAGCUGAUGGAGUUCCUGGCGGGGCGGCAGACGGACGUGCCGCAGGAGGUGCUGCAGGCCAUUGACAUCGUGCUGCGGGAGCAGCCCACUCGCAUGUACGUGCCCGUGGCGCGGUCCUUCUUCAGUCCGGACCUUGGUCCGCGCGCGCCCAUCGGCAACGGCGUGGAGGCGUGGAAGGGCUUCUAUCAGAGCGUGCGCCCCACUCAGAUGGGGCUCACGCUCAACAUCGACAUGGCGGCGACGGCGUUCUUGGAGCCGCUGAUGCUGCCAGAUUUCGUGAUGCGCCUGCUCAACCGCCACUCGCUGCAGCACCCACUCUCCGACUUUGAGCGCGUCGCGCUGCGCAAGGGGCUGAGGGGUGUACGCAUAGAGGUGACGCACCGCGGGCAGAUGCGGCGUAAGUACAAGCUUACGGGGCUCACCACACAGCCGCUGCACGCCCUCACCUUCCCGUUGACGACCCCCGAGGGGGAGACGCAGGUGGUGACGGUGGAGGCGUACUUCCGCCAGCACUACAACCUCGCCCUGCAGUUGCGCAACAUGCCCUGCGCCACCACCGGCCAGGGCGACCGCCUCAACUACCUCCCGCUUGAGGUGUGUCGCAUCGUGGAGGGGCAGAGGUACAAUAAGAAGCUGAACGAGGUGCAGACGAGCCAGAUCCUCGUGCACGCCGCUCGCAAGCCCUUUGAACGGGAGCGCGAGAUCAACCAGACGGUGCGGCACAACGCGUAUGAGCGCGACCCCUUCGCGGCUGAGUUUGGCAUCCGAGUGGCGCCCCAGAUGGCCACCGUGAACGCACGAGUGCUGCCCACGCCCACGCUCAAGUACGCGGACUCGGGUGGAGAGCGCACCGUGGUGCCGCAAGUGGGCGCCUGGAACAUGAUGAACAAGCGUGUGUUGACGGGCGCGGUGGUGAGGCGCUGGGCUCUGGUGAACCUCAGUCGACUGCCGCGCCCUGCAGCGGAGCAGUUUGGCCGAGACCUCGCGCACAUGUGCAACGUUACCGGCCUCCAAAUGGAGCAGCGAAUGUGCGUGCCGAUGGUGGGGGGGCAGCCGGGGCAGAUGGAAGCGAUUCUGCGCAGCCUGGCACGCCAGCUGACCCCCGCGCAGCGGCCCAUGCCCGACGUCGACAUUGUCGUCUGCAUCCUUAAUGAGGGCAACGGCCCUCUUUACGGCAAUCUGAAGCGCCUGUGCGAGACCGAGCUCGGCAUUGUCACACAGUGCUGCCUGGCCACCAAGUUAGGCAAGGGCAAACAGUACUUGGCGAACGUGGCGCUGAAGAUCAAUGCCAAGGUGGGGGGCCGCAACACGGCGCUGGUGGACUCGAUACAGCGGCAGAUCCCCCUCGUGUGCCAGGAGCACACCAUCCUAUUCGGUGCUGACGUCACACACCCCUCGCCAGGCGAGGACAACAGCCCCUCCAUCGCCGCUGUGGUGGCGUCCAUGGACUGGCCGGAGAUGGCGCGCUACCGGGCGCUCGUCACAGCGCAGGCGCACCGAGUGGAGAUCAUCCAGAACCUCUACACGUGCACGCAGGACGCCAAUGGCAUGCCGCAGCACGGCGGCAUGGUCAGGGAGCUGCUGAUCAGCUUCUACCGCUCCACGGGCCACAAGCCCCAGCGUGUCGUCAUGUACAGGGACGGAGUGAGCGACGGGCAGUUUGCGGCAGUCAAGGAAUACGAGGUGGCGGCUAUCAAGCAGGCGUGUGCAUCGCUGGAGGAGAACUACCGGCCGCUGGUGACAUUUGCGGUGGUGCAGAAGCGGCACCACACGCGCUUCUUCCCGUUUGACUCGCGCAACCGCAGCACCACGGACCGCAGUGGCAACGCCCUGCCCGGCACCGUGAUCGACACGGGCAUCUGCCACCCCACCGAGUUCGACUUCUACCUGCUCAGCCACUCCGGCAUCCAGGGCACGAGCCGGCCGACGCACUACCACGUGGUGCAUGACGAGAACGGCUUUGACUCCAACACACUGCAGCGCAUGACCUACUCCAUGGCCUACACCUAUGCUCGCUGCACUCGUGCUGUGUCCGUUGUGCCGCCUGCGUACUACGCGCACAUAGUGGCGUUCCGAGCGCGCUUCUACAUGGACCCCGACCAGUUCUCCGACACCAGCUCGCAGUCCACUGCCUUUGAGCACGCUCCCGCUGCCCCCGCGCCGUCCACGGUCACGGGCACGUCCGCCACCACGGGGGAGAGCUCCGGCAGCCGCAGCAGCCGCAGCGCUGGGGAAGUCGUGGUGCGCCCGCUGCCACCCCUGCAGGGCCGCGUCAGGGAGCACAUUCCGUCCGGCCAAACCGGAGCAUGGGCAUGCGUGGAUAUAUCGCCGUCUCGUAAUUGCAUCUCCGUUACAACGGAUAAGCACUUUGGUUGCUUCGGUUCAGGGUGGGGCAGUCGGGAGCGCGAGAGCAGGGGGGGCACGAGGCGCGCGAGGAUGGGGUGCUGCCUGUCCAAGCCGGACGUGCUCGGCGCGUCUCAAAGCGGACCCGCUCCCGACAAGGCACAGAAGGGCAGCGUAGUGGAUGGCGAGGCGCAAGCGGAAAAGGCGGAGGCGGGGAAAACGUCGAAAGCAGUCGACGGCCUCGCGGCCGCAGCAUCAGGGGCGGUGGCGGGAGGCGAGGAGGCGAUGGCGGACGCGGAGGAGUUCGCGGACGCGCAGUCGGCGGCUGACGUGGACGACGACUUCAAGAGCGCCGGAGCAGAGUCGCUGUCGUCCGUGAGCUGCCUGAGCUACCAGAUCGAGUCGCUGCCGCCCUCCACGCCCUCCGCCCGCAAGAACCUCGACUUCUCCUCCCCUUCCGCGCAACCCAGCGGCGGGGAGAAGGCGGGUGAAGAGGGGAUAGCAGGGGAGGGCGGAAAAGGCGUAGUGGUUGCGGUUGGGGAGGGGGAAGGCGGGGAGGAAGCGGGUAAGGAGGUCCUUAGGGGCGCGGGGAAGGGGGACAAGGCGCAAGCGGAUGCAGAGGAGGCGGAGGAAGCAGGGGCCGCGGAGGCGGGCGGCGAGGAAAAAGCUGCGGGCGCGGCGGCAUCGAUGGGGUGUUUGAGCGCGGUGGUGCCGGCGGACGGCGUGACGAUGAACUGCCUCAGCGGCGGGGACAGGCGCGACGGGCGCGCGGACGAGGGGCGCUCCAUGUGGGCGGGGAUGGCGUUGUGGGGAAAGAAGGAGGGGGGCGCGGGGAAGGGGGAGGACGGUGCAGCGAAGGAGAGCGCAGCGGAGAAGGAUGGGGAGGAGGUGGGCGCGAAAGCGGAAGGGGAACUGGCAGAGGCGGGCGCGGGAGGAGAGGAGGCGACGUGCUUUCCCAAGCUGAGGCGAAAGAGCGGGAAGGCGGGCGGCAGCAGCGGACAGGUGGCAGAUGAGGAGAAGGUGGCGGGCGCUGAGGGGGACGCGAGGGGCGACGGGCAAGCGGAGGCGGUGGGGGAGGAGGAGGCGGGGCAGUCAGGGCGGCGGAGGGUGUUCGGGGAGGACAUCCCCGUGCACCCCAACGUGGCGCUCAACGCCUUCAUGAAGGCCCAGCGGAGCGAGGCGCCAGCAGGCAUGGCGACGGGCAAGGCCGCGGAGGCACACGCGCGGGCGGAAGGCGUGGAGGAGCAGGGGGCAGAGGCAGCGCAGGCGGCGGAGGAGCGUUCGGAACAGCAAGGGGAGCGGAGGAGGAGGAUGAGGAGGAGGAGGAAUUUUCUGAGCGUGGGCAGUGGUGACGACGCGCACUCCCAAGAGUCUGUACCAUUGCAACUGCCCGCGCCCUCCUCGCCACCGUCCCUUUCCCCUGCCGCGCCCGCCACCCCCCUGGCCGGCAAGCUACCCCACGACCUGCCACCUGUGCCCGAGUUGGAAGAGGCAGCAGACGCACGCCCAGGCCCCGGCUCAUCCACGCCCCCUGCUGCACCCGACACGCCCCCCCUCGCCACGCCCCCACCCGCAGCGUCGCAGCUCACCCCCACCCUCGCCCCGUUGGCCACCGCGCCCCCCUCCGCCUCCUCUGCCUGCGCGCUGCCUGCUGUGCUGCCCCCUGCUGCCGUGCUGGCUGAGAGUGCAGCGAGUGAGGGGUCGGUGGCGCCGUCCGAACCUGUUGUUGCAAUCGACGCUGCUGCUCCCCCCGACCUACCCACCCUCCCUUCGUCCACCAGUGCGCACACUGCCCCCUCCGCCUCCUCGCUGCCAUCGCUCAUCCCCAUCAAGAUCCGUCCAUUCUCCCUCUCCACCUCUUCCUCUGCUGCUGCACCCGCUCCGCCCUCGCCCUCCCCCUCGCCCCGCCCCCCCAGCGCCCCCUCCGCGCACCGCCUGGUGUCCUUCCUGCGCCGCCCCUCCUCCCCUGGCCGCCAUGCCCCCGCGCGCCGCUCCUCCGACGCCUCCGCCUCCACCGCCGCCGCUGCUGCUGCCACCGCCGCCUUCCACGCGGAGGCUGGCGGGGCGGACAGCAAGCCCGCCGCCAAGCCCAGCAGCGCCUCCUCCACCGCCCCACAUGCAGUGCCCAUGUCCCCGCUGCGCCCGCCCCCUCUUCGCACGGGCAGUGGAGUGCUGCAGCGCUGCAACUCGCUGCAGCUGUCCGCCAUGUCGCCCCUGGGCGCCAAUAGCCCCGGCCUCUUCCUCUCCGCCAGCGUGCGCAGCACGUCCCGCAAGCCCCUGGCGGGGCAGCUGCCGCGCCUGUCGCCCUCGGAGUACGCCGCCCACCUGGAAGCGGAAGCCAGCGCAGCGGGCGGCAGCAGUGCGGGGCAGGGCGGCACUGGGGCGGGGUCGUGGCAGGGCGAGGGCGAGGGCGAGGGCGGGGUGUCGUUUGCACAGGGGGGCCAGGCGGACAGCCACAGCUGCACGCACUUCUGGACGCCCGUGGCGCCCUCCUGCUUCCGCGUGCGCGGCGCCGACUACUUCUCCACGUCAUGUGAGAGGGCAGCGCACCCAGUGGCGCCAUACGUGGUGACGGCGGUGGAUGUGUUCCGCGCGCCCACCAAGCUCACCCAUGUCGCGCGCCUCGUGCAACUGCCCGGCCCCCUCACCUCCUUCCCCCACGCCCAUGCCUCCUCCGCCGCCCCCUCCCCCGCGCCCUUCGCCCUGCCACCACACGCCUCCGACUCCACUAACACGGCACCCAGCGCCGCUGAUGCAGCGGGGGGCAGCAGUGCGGUGGGCAGUGCGCUGAGUGCACGGGAGGUGGCAGCGCUGGUGUCGGCAUGGCCGCCCUACCUCGUCAUCAACAUCCAGGCGCCCAUGCAGCUGGCGAGGCAGCCCCACGCACACGGGGCAGGGGAAGCGCCCCCAGCGGUGGCACAAGGGGGCCGCGCGGAGGGCGUGAGCGUGGUGCUGUACGCGCAGGUCUGCAGCGACUUCUUCCUCUCCGCCCCGCCCAACAUGCUGCCCCUGCUGCAGGGCAUGGCGCGGGGCUUCAUGGCGGAGGGAGCGGGUGGGUCGGUGCCGUUCCGCGAGCGCGUCAAGCUUACCCUCGUCAAGCGCGCCCCGCCACGCGCCCCCCAUGGGCAAGGGGCGGCCGAGCGAGUGGCGGAGAGUGCGGGGGAGGGGAUGGGGGAGAGUGCGGGGGAGGGGAUGGGGGAGAGUGUGGGAGAGGGUGACGAGGGGAAGGCACAGGAGGGAGUAGCAGAGGAGAGUGGCGUGGAGGAAGGGGAGGCGAGCGGCAAGGAGGCAACGGUGAAAGCGGAGGAGGGGGUGGCAGAGGGCGGUAGUGAUGGGAGCAGUGGAGUGGGGGAUGAGAGUGCGUCUCUGCUCGUGCAUCCCUGCCAGAUGUUCUUCCGGGGGCCGGACUACCUGGAGGUGGACGUGGACUUGCACCGCGUGCCGGACGACCGCCGCCGCCCGCUGCUGGGCGUGCUGGGCGCACUGCCCACCCACCAUGUUGACAUUGCCAUCGUCUCCCAGGGCAACAACGAGUGGGAGGUACCGGAGCCCGUGGUGGCGUGUGCGCGCCUCGGCCACAUCGAUGCUGACCUCCUCACCACCCUGCGCCACAUGCCCUGA